GUCCAUGUGUGUAGGCGAAUCACGUGUGGACGAACCUUUGGUUGUCAUGUCUCUGCUGUAGCAGAGUUCCGCGUUGGGUUUCAUUAUUUGCCUCCAGUUUUUCGCUGCACUUUGUUUUCUUUUCUCAUACCUUCUUUUUCUUUAAUCGAAGAAUGAGUGAAAACGAUGACAUCGAAGUCGACAGCGAUGCAGACAAGCGAGCACAUCACAAUGCGCUGGAGCGCAAACGCAGGGACCACAUUAAAGACAGCUUCCACAGUUUACGCGAUUCUGUGCCUUCAUUACAAGGGGAGAAGAUUUCUGUUAAACAGGCUUCCCGAGCACAGAUUCUAGACAAAGCCACGGAGUACAUCCAGUACAUGAGGCGAAAAAACCAUACCCACCAGCAAGACAUUGAUGAUCUAAAGAAACAGAAUGCACUGCUGGAGCAGCAGGUUCGUGCACUUGAGAAGGCCAAGGGGAACACUCAGCUCCAGACAAACUACUCUUCUGAUAGCAGCUUGUACACAAACCGUAAAGGGAGCGCCGUGUCCGCCUUUGACGGCGGGUCCGACUCCAGCUCUGAAUCAGAAUCAGACGAGACACCCAACAGGAAGAAGCUGCGCGUAGAGCCCAGCUAGAUUUGGGUGGACCCCAGCUCCUGAGACAGACUCUAUUUACCCACCAGCCCCAGCUCCUCUUACCUGUCCGCACUGAGUCCUGCCUUCUUGUGCUAGUCCAGGAGACGAGGUGGAGAUUGUGUGAGAGAGGUGCUAUUAUGUAUAAAACGCUUCUACCUUCUUUUAUCCUUCUGGAAAGCAUCCUGUCAAUUCUUUUGUGGCCCAGCAACAAAGUUUAAGAUCCCCAAAUUGAGGCAGCUCUGUAGUUUUGAAGGACUUGAUGCUUUUCAGACCUCAUAAAUAACCAUUCAUAAAUGUGGAGAUGACAAGGCAUGAGGCUUGAGUAAAGCUACAAAAAUAACCUUUCCCUUUGGUUGUUUUGGUCAGCCUCUCCAAUCUGGUGGAGUUGUGAGACUUUUGAUAAAUGGAAAUGGUAGGGAUACUUUACCUUUUAAAUAAUGAUGAGAAUAAUGAUCAUAUUUUUCCAGAAAAGAAUGUGAAGUUGGAAGUUUUGGAAGAACUGUCUGUUACGCAAAAUGCAACCCUCCUUAUUCUGUGUAGGCGGCUAAAAGUUUUGCCUUUGAAAUGUUGUGUAAUCAAACAAAUCCCUCUAUUUAUAGUCAUGCACCAAGAAUAAUUUCUUACCCUUAUAUAUAAUCUGAUGUCUGAUCUCCCAUUAUGUUUGGCUUGAAUAUUUCAAAAGUUUCAGCUAUUUAUUUUUCUCUAUUUUUAAUAUUAUUAAAUAACUUGUGGUUAUAAAAAAAAAAUAAAAAAUCCCCUCAUGGAUAUUGAAUGUUACACAAUGCAGUUAAAAAGCAUUGUCCUUUAUUUUUGUCAAUGGAAGUCCCUUUCAGCGUGUAGUAUGUAACACUGUAUACUCUUAAAUGGUGUCAUUUCUGCAAAGAAAAGCCUUCCCUUGAAAUAUUUGCCUGUGCUGGGAAUGUUUAUCUUUUUUUUUUUCUUUUCUUUUGCAGAGGUAAAUUAGUGUGUACCUUAUAAAAUUUGUUUGUUCCAUUCAAUGGAAAUUACAGGUAUGUUGUACAUACUGCCAACGGUUGUCUUGCAAGUUAAGGCACACCUUUAUUAUGAAACUAUAAAUAAACUAUUUUAUCCUUUUUGGA